AUGGCAGCUGUAGCAUCUCAAUCUUACCAACAACAGCAACAACAACAGUAUUACGGAGCACGUCAAUAUCCGCAACAUCAACAACAACAUAUGUACUCGACACAAUCAGUCAUGGAAGAUGUAUCAGAUGAAGAGCACGAUAUGGAUGAACACGAAUUGGAAGGAGCAGACGAAGACGAUGACGAUGAGUCUAUGCAAGGCGAUAUGAUCGAUUCUGCACAUGCACACUUCUAUCAUCAGCAACAACAACAGGCUCAGUACUAUCAACAGCAUCAACAACAACAUAGUGGAAGUCAAUCAGAUUUAACGAAUCCUGCAUCUGCAUCUGGACCUUCCAGACCCUUGUCACAACAACAACAACAACAGCAGCAGCAGCAGCAGCAUCAACAACAACAACAGCAGGUAGAAGGUGAAGAUGAUGCAUAUAGUGAUGAAGAAAGUGAUACGGAUAGUAUGCCAGAUGAGAAUAUCGAUUUCAGUUUGACUUACGCUUUACACACGUUCUUGGCCACUGUUGAAGGUCAAGCAUCUGUUGUCAAAGGAGAUUCACUGGUAUUACUCGACGAUGCAAAUUCGUAUUGGUGGUUAGUACGUGUAUUGAAGACUGAAGAUGUAGGAUAUAUACCUGCAGAGAACAUUGAAACUCCUUACGAAAGGCUAGCACGUCUCAACAAACACAGGAAUGUCGAUUUGGCUGCGGCUACUUUAUUGGAGAAGAACGCUGCUACCGUACAUGGAAGGGAAAAGUUGAAAGAUGUCAUUGCAGGAAAAGCUAAAGGGUUAAGAAGAGAUUUUUCCGGAGAAGUCAAUGAAGAAAAUAUAGGAGGAGGAAGAAGAGUCGUUUUCGCUCCCCCAACUUAUGUUGAUCAUCCAGGCGUGACUUGGAGUAGUGAUGAAGAUGACUCCAGUGCUGAUGAAGGUGAAAUGGAUAUUGACCAAGUUGAAAGAGAUUCUACAUCGACAAAUGAACAAGAUGUUCAGACUGGAGAUGUUAGACAUGAAACUGAAAUCCAUAAAGUCGAACAAAGUGUUGGUCAUCCUGGACCAGGUUCAGAGAUGGAUAUGGAACCUGAUGAUGGGAUUGAAUGGGCAGAUAAUGCUGCUGAAGAAGGACAACGUAGAGUUGUGGAUCAAAAACAACGUCAAUCUCAACAGCAACAGCAUCAUCAUCAACAAGCACCUUCCUCUAAUACUGGUGCGACUAUUCAACCUAAAUCAAAUAAUCCUUUUGCGCCUAGGGAAACUACAACUGCUAAUAUCGCACCUUCUGCUUCCAACACCUCUCUCGCAUCGAGUUCUGCCGGUAGUGCAAUAAUGGAUCCUGCUCAAGCAGGAAAUGAAACUCGUCGAUUAACAGUCACACCAGCUGUCGCCUCCGGUCCGCUGUUACCAUCAGCCAUGCAAGCUCAAAAUCAAGCUCAACAAGCCGGAUCUAGAAAUGUAUCCGGCCAAUCGGUCCAAUCGGUCUCUUCGGUCGUGUCGACUGUGUCUUCUCAACGUAGCAGUACACCAACCAGUCCCGAAGAACAGUCGAAGAAGGGCAAGAAAAUGAAGAAAGGGUCUAAAGAGGAUCUAGAUAAUGGCGACAAGAAAAAACGUGGUGUUUUAGGAGGUUUGUUCCAUCGUAAAGGUAAAGAUAAAAGUGGAAAAGGUACAACAGAUACUAGAAGUUCAGAAGAAAGUAUGGUUGGUGGACCGGUGGAACAACGCUGGUCAGAAGAAAAAUCUGCACCUUCUCCUGCUCUAUCACAACAAUCUCAGAAUUCCCUAAAUCAGAAUCAGCAACAACAACAGCAGAUUGGAGUUUCAUCCCAUGGUCUUCGCCUUCAACAACAAGAUCAAGCUAGAAUGCAAUCAUACACCAGUAAAUAUCUGAAUAAAUCGCCUUCAUCAGAACUACAUUCUCCAACUGCUGCUGAAGCGGCAGCAGCCGUUGCUCAAUCGGCAGCUGCAAUGCAUUUGGCAGCAAGUAUGAAUAGUGGUGGAUCAAUUGGUAAUAAUGCUAGGCCAAGUUCGAUCAUAUUAUCACCAAAUCCUGCUGGUCCACCAUUAUUGAACGUUAUUAGGAUAUUCGCAGGAGAUCAUAUCAAAUCUGAAUCUUCUUUCAAAACAGCUUUGAUCAAUGAGACGACUUCGGCAUCAGAUCUAAUCAAACAGGCAAUGCAAAGAUUUCAUCUGUCUAUUUCCUCCUCAACCUCAUCGACUAGUAUGGACAAUGGAUAUUUUAUCACGAUACGAGAUGUCAAUGGAGAAGAAAUGGAAUUACAUUCAGAUGAAAAACCAUUAGUAGCGUUCCAAGAAGCAGUUCAGAAAUGGGCAAGCGAAUCUGAUGAAGAUCUUACCGCAAGACUAGGAGCUAUAACUCCAACUGUUAAAAGAUCAAGCGUUAGUUCAAUCUCAAGUGUUGUUAGUUUAUCAAACCAUCCUGCAAUCAAAAAAUUAGGAAUGAAUGAUUUUUCAGAUGAUUCUACCGUCAAGAUAUACAUCAACAGGAGAAGACCUGGUUCAGUCUUAUCAUCACCAAAUCCGAAUAUGAACGUAAACGGAAACGGGACAUCGAACACGAACGGUAUGCCUGAACCUGCAAGUGAAUUUUCGAGUUAUAGUACACAAUUAUCAACUGUGCAAGAACAAGAAUCAAGUCCUGAACAUCAUUCUGGUGAAUGGACGAAACCUCUCAUCAACGAAGAUGGAGAUGGAAGGGGUGGAGAUAUAACACCACCUGCUUCAGCUCAGCACCGAUUCAAUAACUCUUUAACCAUCAAUACAAAUGGUCAAUCCUCACCUGAAAGAUAUUCUUCGCCAUCAGCUAGAUUUACAAUACAGUUGAUCAUAUAUCCAAAUGAUGUACCUGAUAAUAUAGUUUUCGACCCUUCAUCAGAUUCUAUUAUCCCCCGUUCACUGUUGAAAGAGAGGCAAUCUCAAGGUCAAGGUCAAAACACCGACUCUAAUCCCAGAAAGAGAUUAUUCAUCUUACCGAGAAAUGCCAAUGUAGUAGAAGUGAUCGAGCAGGGUUUGGAUAGAUUCGGUAUCCAAGAGGGUGUAGUUGAUGGAGGUGAUGAUGUCGAAGAUAAAGUUGGUAAAAGACGAAGUAUAACUAGAGUAAGGUACAGCUUAGCUGCGAUCGUCAACGGACAAGAACGCCUCCUAUCUGCUUCAAGUCGUAUUCUAGAAGCAUAUGAUCAUCCACCUAACCUACGUCCCAUGGAACAUACUACACCUGAACAAAGACGUCGUUCUCGUGAUUUACAAUAUAACGCAGGUGCCCCAUCAGAACUCUUGCCUACAGAUCCCGUAUUUAUCCUGCGAAGAGUUGUUCAAAAUCCACAACAACGUGGUAUAUCAAAUAUCGGUAAAAUCGAUCCCAUGUCGAAUACAAAAUACAACGAUGUAGAUGGAGAUAGCAGAUCACCUGCAGAGAUCAUUGCUGCUCAAAGAGCAGCUUCGAGAGCCAAUCAAAAAGCAUUGUUAUCAGCUCAUACAAAUCAAACUCAAGGUGUCGAUAUCAUAUUACCUGAUCAAAAAGGUACAUUCAGAUCAUCUGUAUUGAUUGAAGGCGAUGAUGAAAUUGUCAGAUAUUCUUAUAUCGAUAAUGAUGGUGAGACUUAUGAUAUAUCGGAAUUAUUGGAAGAAGAAUGGGGAUCAGACGUACCGAUGAAUUCGAAUCAAAUGAAAGGCAACAAUAGUAUGAAUGGAAACCAAGAGAUGGAAAUGUUAAAACCUAAUCUGAACAGAAUGACAACUGAUCAAUCUGCAUAUAUAACUGCACCUUCAACUCCUGACGAAGGUUUAGAAAAAGAUCAUGAAUUACACAAUCAAUUGAAGAACGCUAUUUUCAGGCAAGCCCAAAAGGAAAAAGAAAAAGAAAAGGAAUCAAAAGAUAUCCUGAAAGGCGUUGUUCAAACUACUGUAGGACAAGGUUCAACCCAAGAAAUCAAACUAGAGGAAAAGUUAAUCAGGGUUAUCGAUAAAGUUAAAUACGGAUUAAAAGGUUCUACCUCAAGUGAAGAAGUGUUAAUUGCCCAACAGAAACAACUGCAACAACAUGAAAGAAAUGUCGAUCCAGUCCAUCCAGAGAGACAGAGUAUCAAUUCUGGUGGGAAUGGGAGUGGUAGAUCUACACCGCAAGCGAUUACCAUACCCAAUUUCUCCAAUGAUAAUCAGUCAUCAUAUUUCGCUUCAGAUGUAAACGCUACACCUAAAGCAACACAAACAUUUGAUUAUUCUUCGAGCACACCUCGAUCUAAUUCAAGAUCUUCACAACAUCAUCAAUCCGCGACGACCACGACGGCGACGGCGGCUUCAACUGCACAAUCUAUCAAUAAGAUCAUAUCUUCAAGGCAUCGUCAACAACCUUCCAUAGCUUCAAUCAUGUCAGAUCUGGAAUCGCAUAAUCAAUCACAAUCAAGAUCGAGAUCGCGUAAUGGGGUUGAUACAGAUCAAGAUGAUGAGAAUGAAGAUACCACUGAAGAAGAAGAUAGAUCUUCAACUCCAGUAACAGCUACUUCUUCAACUCAUCCGACUCCACCAUUCAGCGGAGCAGUUUUCACCAGAGCCAUAUCGAAUCUAAGUCCUACGCCAAGAAGUGGUCCGGUCAGAUAUAAAGAUGAUUUCGGGAUAAAAGAGAUGAUGGCUAUUAUUACUUUGAGAUCAAAAGAGUACCUCCCUACGACAUCUACUCCUUCUCCAACUACAAGAAGAAGAAGAAAAAGUUCCAAGAAGAAUACCUCCACUUCAGUAGAGCGAGGUGAUAAUCAUAGAGAAAGGGAUGACGGUGAUGAUGAUGAAGAAACAGAUACUGAUGAAAUCGAUGAACAAGUAAAUUCAGUUGAUCAUCUAUUAAGUGGUCAACAGAUAAACUGGAAUGGUAUUCAUCCCGAUAUCAAAAACUGUUUCCAAGACCAGUAUAGGAAAUUACAAAAAUUAGAAGAUGAUAUAGAUGACUUGUUGUCUCAAGUAGCUGCUCUAUGA